UCAUAGAUUUGGGAACUGGGGUUUUGGGACCUAUGUGGGGAUAUCUAUUUUCUUCCACCUCCUCAGGUUCUCCACUAGUUGGAGCCUUGGGGCUGCUGUCACCAGAGGCCAGACCUGCUGAUUAUUGAUCGCACCUGCAGAUAAUCCCCGUUGUUAUCCUGGCUUUAAGAGAAGCAGGGUGUCAGUCCAUUGAAUCCUGAGUUUUGCCUGCUUUAGUACUUCAAGCCUCAGAGAAGUCACCACUGUGGCUUUUUCCUCAGGUUUUUGUGAUAACCUGUGAGCUCACCUUUCUGAUCUUUUUCCAAGGUCCUCUCGGUGUUUCCCUGGGAUAUGUGCUCUUUAGUGUCACCCUGGUUACCUUCUCAAGUCUCAAGAUCCUCUGUCCAUUUCCUGGUUCCUUCUUAUGUAACUGACGGCCCCCAAGUUCCUCUUCCUCCAGUACUCGCCGCUUACCUGUCCACCAUCCAACCCCACCACCUUCCAGCAGCUCCAGCAAGUAUUCAGAAUCUCAUCUCGCUCCUCACUCUGGACAGAAACCUCACUCGAUCCCAAUCCUCGGAAACCUCCAACAUUCCCCCUUGACAGACCAUUUCCUUCAUCAUCAGUAAGCGAGAGAAUUUAGCAUGCAGGAUCGAACUAGUCAAUGUCUGGAUCAAUUAACCCACCUCUUACACAACCUUCAACCAGCUUCUCCUUCUCCUGAUUGAGCUCCAGUUCCAGCUCCACCCAUAAUUCCAGUCUACCUUUGCCAACUGUGAUAAGUGCACUUUUGGAUGGGCUUCGUACAACGGUCGAUGUUUCCUGUUUAUGAAUGUUAAAAUGAGCUGGGCUGCAGCAGAGAGAGCCUGCCUCUCAUUGGAUGGAAAUCUGGCCUCAAUACGCAGUACAAAUGAGUACAACUUCAUCAGACAGCUUGUCCUCAGUUCAUCUAAAACAAACGCAUCAAGUUGGAUUGGAGGUCAUGAUUCAGCAGAGGAAGGCAACUGGUUGUGGAGUGACGGUUCCAAGUUUUUGUUUCAUCACUGGGGCAAGGGUCAGCCAAACAACGCCAACGGAAACGAAGACUGCAUGGAGAUCAACUUCACUGAACAAGAUUUUGUGAAUGAUAGAAAUUGUGCCAUGAAGCUUCCCUUCAUCUGUGCCAGACCCAUCAAACCUUCUUAUGCCUUUUAAAUGCCCACAUGGGUUUCCUGCUGGUGAUGUCACUUCCCCCUGGAUGUUGAGCCUCGAUGACAUCACUGCUGGAAGAACCUGAUUUCACUUCAUUUGAUCACUUAAAUAAACUUGUUUCUCUGAAAUCUGA